AUGGAAUUCUAUUUUUAUGUUUUCUUCAGAUUGUUCACUGAUAAUUUAGAAACUAAUAAUUUUUGCAUGUUUGAUCUUGUAACCCACUAAUUUGCUGAAUUUGUUCAUUAGCUCUAGUGUAUUUGUUGUUGAUGUUUUUAAAGUGUGAUUAUUUUGAAGUGAAAUACAAGAUUACUUGCUGAAAGUAAGCACAAAGGUAAAAAUGAUAUUUGGAAAUACUGAUGAAAUUUGGACAAGUUGUUUGGGAUAUUGGAUUGCUUAGUAUACUUUUCCUUAGUGUAGGUGCUUCUUGGGGUUAAUAACUUCGGUCUUCUAAAAUUACCAGUGUGACUGGUUGGUUGUUGUUGGGACUAAUUUCUCCAAGGAUGGUGUGGAAUUCUCUCCAAUGUGGGAGGGUUAUUGUGAGGAAAAGAUUGUGUAGGAGGUUUUUUUCAAAGAGCAAAUUUCUGAAUCUUGUUUGGGAAGUGAAGCAGAUUCCAAUGAUGACAAUAUGUAGGUUGUGGCCAAUGCUGUGUAUGGAUGGUAUUGAGUGUGGGGUACAACAGUUGGAAAUUGGGACUCAUGGUUGUAGGUAGACCAUCUUCAUAAAUUCUGGAGCCCUCUUAAAUGAUAGCAGGGCUUGAAAUUGAAAGGAAGCACUGAAGUCUGAGGCCAAAGUAUUUAAUGAGUGAGGGUGUUUUAACAGAGUUGUGCUUAGUGGCAGAUUACUUGUGAAAACUAAAUUCUUAAUCUUAAGUACCCUGACAGAAGUUUUUAUCUAGGUAGGAUAAAGGCCCAGGAUCAAACAGCUCGGCUACUAUAAAGAGAAAAUGCUGAAAAACAAAACUAUGAGUUGUUUACAGUGAGCAGGAACAGCAGAAAACCUUUGACUACUACUAUUACUCUUUUAUUUAUUGUAGAUGCCUUUGAGAGUACUGCAAAAGUAAGAAGAGUAAUUCCCUGGCUGUCCCACUACCCUCUUGUUCAGGCAUAUUUUCUGUCAUUCUCACAGAAUGGCAGGUCUCAAUCUGUCUCCCAGUUUUGCUGUGUCUGAGGAUGCUGUCUGUCUCCAGGAAUCAGAAAUUCCACUUUCUUCAAAAGGCUUUUCCUGUUUUCAGAGUGUGAACCUGUUUCCUUGCGAUGGCUUGGAACCUCAUACAUCAACCAGGGCUGGUUCCCAGGAAUCAGUGACUUUCCAGGAUGUUGCUGUGGACUUUACUGAGAAGGAGUGGCCUUUGCUGGAUUCUUCUCAGAGAAAACUAUACAAAGAUGUAAUGCUGGAGAACUAUAGCAACCUAGCAUCAGUGGGGUAUCAACAUGGCAAACCCAGCCUCAUCUCCCACUUAGAACAAGAAGAGCUGAGGACAGAGGAGACAGAAAUUCACCAAGAUAUUUGUCCAGAUUGGGGGACUUCAUCAAAAAACAAAUGGUCAAUUCUUAUGGAUGAUAUUUUUGGGAAAGAAACAUCCAGUCAUGCGGAAAUGGAAAGAACUCAUCUUAGAGAGAAACCCACUGAAUAUACUCACUUGUUUGAAGUCUUCAGCAUAGGCACUCGUCUUACUCAGCAAAUGGGAAGGUGCACUGGGAAGAGGCCCUAUCACCGCCGUGAUUAUGGGGUAGCUUUUAAAGACAGCUCACCUUUCACCCAUCAUAUGAGCAUUUAUGGUGGAAGAAACCUGUAUGAAUGUCACCAGUGUCAGAAGGCCUUUACCACAAGGUCUUCCCUUACACGUCACAAGAGAAUACACACUGGGGAGAAACCUUAUGAAUGCAAUGCCUGUGGUAAAGCCUUCAAUGAUCCUUCAGCCCUUAGGAGUCAUGUCAGGACUCACACCAAAGAGAAACCCUUUGAAUGCAGUCAGUGUGGAAAUGCAUUCCGAACCCUCUCCUCCCUGAAGAUACACAUGAGAAUUCACACUGGAGAGAGACCUUAUGAGUGUGAUCAAUGUGGGAAGGCCUAUGGCAGGAGCUGUCACCUUACUGCACACAGGAGAACACACACUGGAGAGAGGCCCUAUGAAUGUCACGAUUGUGGAAAAGCUUUCCAGCAUCCCUCACAUCUUAAAGAACAUGUCAGGAAUCACACUGGAGAGAAACCCUAUGAAUGCACACAGUGUGGAAAAGCCUUCCGAUGGAAGUCUAACUUCAAUUUGCACAAGAAAAACCACCUGAUAGAGAAAACAUAUGAAUGUAAAGAAUGUGGAAAAAUCUUUGGUGAUCUCGUAUCACGGAGGAAACAUAUGAGGAUUCAUGUUGUAAAGAAACCUGUUGAAUGUAGACUGUGUGGAAAAGCCUUCAGAAACCAAUCAAUCCUUAAGACACACAUGAAUUCUCACACUGGAGAGAAACCAUAUGGGUGUGACCUAUGUGGGAAAGCUUUCAGCGCAAGCUCAAAUCUAACUGCACACAGGAAAAUACAUACUCAAGAGAGACGCUAUGAAUGCACUGUGUGUGGGAAAGUCUUCAGUGAUUAUUUAUCACGGAGGAGGCAUAUGAGCAUUCAUCUUGUAAAGAAAUAUGUUGAAUGUAGGCAGUGUGGAAAAGGCUUCAGAAACCAGUCAACCCUUAAGACACAUAUGAGAACUCACACAGGAGAGAAGCCAUAUGAGUGUGAUCAUUGUGGGAAAGCCUUCAGCAUAGGCUCUAACCUUAAUGUGCACAGGAGAAUACACACUGGGGAGAAACCCUAUGAAUGUCUUGUCUGUGGGAAAGCCUUUAGUGAUCAUUCGUCUCUUAGGAGUCAUGUGAAAAGUCACCGGGGAGAGAAGCUCUUUGUGUCAUCGAUGUGGAAAAGGCUCCAGUGAAUGUGCCUUCUUUAAGAGAAACAAGCUCAGACUCAUAGAUAUAAGGAAGGCAAGAAAGUCCUCAUGAGUUCUCACCUUAUGUGCACAAAAGAGUACAUGUAACUUGGGAGAAUCCGAAUUUUUAUAACAGUGGGAAGAUUUGAGUUCUUCAUCACCUAGGAUACCUGUCAGAACUUGUGCUGAGAAGAAAACAUAUCUGUUUGGAAGAAGAAGCUGUUAGUGCAUGUUCAGUUCUUAACAAAUGUGUAUAUGUUUGCAAUGUGAGAACUUAUGGAGAGAAAUCCUAUAGUUUUGUAUUUAAUGUGGAAAUGACUUUUUUACCACUUCACUUCUUGCAUAUAAGCGCAAACAGGAGAAUAUCUAAAGAAAAUGACAGAGAAACCCUUUUCUGGUCUCACAUUGAAUUCUUCAUGAAAGAAAUGACUCUGAAGAGAAAAACCUAUGAAGUAAGGAAUGUGGGAAAGUUUACAGGAGAUGUCAGUAUGGCCCACAAGUUAAAAAUAGUUUUUACAUUUUGGAAGAAGAACGUGUAACAGAGAACAUAUGUGGCUUACAAAGGCUAAAAUACUUCCGGUCUGGCCCUUUAUAGAAAAACUUUGCCAACCCUUAAUUAAAAGCAGUGACUCUCAGCUAGGGGUGAUUUUGCUGGCCAGGGAAUAUUUCAUAAUGUCUGGAGACAUUUUUGGUUAUUGCAGCUGGUGGAUAUGUGCUAUUGGCAUUUAAGUGGGGAGACAUCAGGAAUGCUUCUAAACAUUCUAUAAAGCACAGGAGCUCCCAACAAGAAAUAAGUAUCUGUCCCCAAAUGCUAAUAUUGCUAAGUUUGAGAAACCCUGGUCUACAAUAAGUAAUUUUUAUGAAAUAUCUGAAUAUUCACACUAGGAAAAACUUCAAAUGUUUUAAUUAUAAUCUGUGUGAUCCCUCUUUCAGGAACAUGUGAAACUUGCACUGCAGAUAAUCCCUCUGGAUGCAGUCAGUGUGGAGAUGCUUUUAGCCACACCCCCUCACUUCCUGUGCAUAUGAGAAUUGAUAAUGGGAGACAAAUCCUUUGGGAUUUUCCAGUGAAUGUGGGAUUGUCGUAUCAUUUUUUCAUUCUGAAAACAGACACUAGCUUGUUAAUUUUCAGUCUUUAUGAAUUUUAUGUUCCUCUAGAUAACUCUUAAGCCUAAUUACAAAGGUUUGUGUAUAGUAUUUUAAUUAUAACUUCAUUCUUGAUAUGUUUAAUUCCCUUUUAAAUAACCUAUUUGACCAAUGGGAUAUUUAGAAGUGUAACAUGGGUAUUUUUUAGUACCUUUUUGUUUCUGGUAUCUGAUUUAAAUGCAUUGGAACAUGAUUAUCUUCAUCAAAUGGACUCUUUGGUAAGUUUGAGCCUCUCGUCUGGCCAAGGAUGAAUUAUACUUCUAGUUGUUUCUCUAAUAGUCACACUCAGCUUCUUCCAUAUCUAGAGAAUCUGUUUUGUCAGAUUAGUAAAAUCUGCUAUUUUUUUAAAUUUCUCAUCUUCUAGGUUUUAUUUCAGCUAACAGUAUCCAUGUCACACAGCCCUGGCCAUUGAUAGUUAAGCAGAAGUCACUGUGUAGGCUUCUGGAAAAGCUCUUGAGAAAGAGUGCAUCUUAUUUGCAUUUUUCUCUAUAUGUUUUAUUCUUUUCUCUCCCCUCCCUACUUCCAACCUUGAAAGGAGAUCCAGUACCUUGUGUUAAAGGAUCCAUCUCAUGACUGAGGAUGAAAGCCACAGUCUAAGGUGGACAUUGUAGAAAAGUCACAAUUACCCUGGUCUCCCCAGUGGCUUUGACUGCUCAAACCCUGGACUUCUUGUUAAAUGAGAAAAAAUAAAUAUUGGUUUAAGCUGCUGUGGAUAUUUUAUUUUUCUAUUUGAUUAUUUAUUGAGGGGUUUCUGUUACAGCCAGCUGGAUGCAUGUAACUAACACAUAUACUGGGUUAUUGGUGAGUGUUUAACAGCCAUUGGUAAGUGUUAUAACAGCCCCAUUUGUGGGUAUAAACUGCUUAUGUUUUCAUUACUGUAUACAGGUUUUUAAACAGUCCUAUAGAUCAAACUUUUAAAUUGUGUAUCACACAUUUUAAUAUACUUAAAGAUUUUUUUAUUUUCUUGACCUGUAGCAUUCUGAUCAAAGAGUAUUACCUCUCACAAAAGCCCUUGGAAGCAUAGAUUGGUAUCUCCAUUCACAUACAAGGGAUCUGAAGCAAGAAAGUUUAGGUUGUUUACCUAAGGUCAAUCUGUUAAUAAAUGGUGUCUGGUUCAAGUCCAAACCUCCUUUGUGCCAGGCUCUUCUCUAUGCCCCAGGUCUCAAGCAGUGAAAAAGGAUUUGUCAUGGUGUUUACAUUCUUUUGGGGGAUGGGGUACCUGUUAAAUGAAUACAUGUUGCAUAUGAGAUAAUGGUAAUUGCAAUGGAGAAAAAUUACA